GCAUCCAAUUUGCUUCCUUUUGUGUUCUCAGAUGGUGAGCGAGAAGGUUGGCGGUGCAGAGGGAACCAAGCUGGAUGAAGACUUCAAGGACCUUGAAAGGAGAGCAGAUGUUACCAGCAAAGCGGUGGUUGAAGUCAUCAACAAAACAACCGAGUACCUCCAGCCUAACCCGGCCUACAGAGCUAAACUGUCCAUGCUCAAUACCGUGUCCAAAUUCCGUGGGCAGCUGAACAGUCCUGGAUACCCGCAGUCCGAAGGCCUGCUCGGAGAGUGCAUGAUGAAAUACGGAGCAGACAUGGGCCAGCACAACAAUUUUGGUAAAGAAAAAAAACAUCAUCAAUCAUUAA